CUCUAAGCUUCAGAGUUUAAGCUUGCUCUAUUCCCUGUUCUUUUUUAAGAGAUUAAUGCAUCCUUGUUUGACCGUUCGUGCAGGUCUGCAUGCUUUGCUCGGUAGGAUAUCAUCUGUUCUGUUGCCACCGCUCAGAGAAGACCAGCCGACGAUGGAUGGCAUUAGAUUACGCGGGAAUUUCCAUUGGCAUCCUGGGCUGCUAUGUGUCAGGCGUGUUCUAUGCAUUUUAUUGUAACAAUUACUGGCGUCAGGUAUAUUUAAUCACUGUGCUGGCAAUGAUCUUGGCAGUAUUUUUUGCUCAGAUUCAUCCCAGUUACCUCACACAACAGUGGCACAGACUGCGCUCCAUCAUCUUUUGCUCGGUGUCUGGAUAUGGAAUUAUUCCCACCAUCCACUGGGUUUGGCUCAACGGCGGCAUUGGUGCAUCUAUUGUACAGGAGUUUGCUCCACGUGUAGUUGUCAUGUACUUCAUCGCUGCUGUAGCUUUUCUCUUCUACAUUUCCAAAGUUCCAGAAAGAUACUUCCCAGGACAGCUGAACUACCUCGGCUCCAGCCACCAAGUAUGGCACAUCCUUGCAGUGGUGAUGCUGUACUGGUGGCAUCAAUCCACAGUGUACAUCAUGCAAUAUCGACACAGCAAGCCCUGUCCCGAGUACAGCGCAGGCUUGUGAGCGAAGGGGCAGUGCGAUGAAGUGUCUGACUCUGAGGGUCUGCACCUUGCCUAAUGAGCUGAACGAUCAAGAUAAGCACUGUGGCAGUUCCUGUUCUGACUUCCAGACUGUUACCACUUGCGUAUAUUACAUGGAGUUUUGGGAAAAAAAAAAAACACCACAAUGAAAACCAACAGCACGGCCCAGGAUCUGACGCUGAUCUCCUGUUCUGCAAUCAAGUACCAAACAGGGCGCCCUGGCACGGGGCACCAGAAAGGUGGGCUGUACAAUUCAGCAUUCGGAUCACGGCAGUAUUUUUUUUUUUUUUUUUUUUACA